AUGCCUUACCUCCCUACCACCCAGGCAUUCCUGGAACAGUCCGCUUUGCUCCUUGAAGCAUACCCGGAAUCGACCCGCAUCACAACAAAAUACAACUUCCCCACCGAGCGCCGCGCCCAGCAACACAAGCGCCAAAAGUCUCUCGCAAAGAAACAAUCAAACCCAACUUCCACACAAGCUCCAGCCGACUCAACACCUACCGCGCCCAUCGCAUCCCUCACCCUGAAAACCUACAACCCCGCCACAGGCGUGUGCCUGAAGUACCGCACGAACAAGCUGCAGGAGGUGAGCCGGUUGAUAACCGCGCUGGGCAAGUUGGCCGGGGGAGCCGAUGUGGCUAGCUUGGGGUUAUCGGGACCCGGGGCUGAUGUCGAGAUGGUCGAUGCGCCUGCUGUAGAGGAGGAGGUUGUGCAGAGUACUGCGAAAGCAGCUGGUGGAGCUGGAGCUGGGGCUGGAGGGAAAGGAAAGAAGAAGGGUGGGAAGGGCAAGCGAUAG